AUGGAUCACGAUUAUUUUAACCAUAUCCGCUGCCCUUAGCAUAAUCUUUCAAUUAAUAGAAUAAUUUAAUAGAAAUCAAUAAAUACUUCAAAACGAGCUUUAUGUUAUAAAUGCCCAGGAGAAGGAGCAUCUAUAUUUUCAGUCUAUCAGAUUUUGGAUUCUUUGUCAUCAUGCUUAAUACCAAUUCAUCAAUAAUACAAAAAUCUUCAAGACAAUUUAUCAACUCUCAAAUUAGAAAUUACGAAUAUAAUCAAUUAAGUUUAUUCUUUUAUUGAUGGAGCUAUAAAAAAAAGUGAAUUUGAAAUAACACGCAUAGAGAAAUAUGUUUAUUAUCGAAAAAACUAUAAAGAAUUUAACAUAGAGGAUUUAGAAAGUAUCUCACAUUUUAUUUAUAAUGAUGCGGCAUAGGAUAAUCCAAUUAAUAAAUCCAUUAAAUUAUUACAAGAAAUCUAAUAAUGUUUUAAAAAUUAAUUGAUUGCACUUUUUGAUAGGAUAAUUUAAUUGAUAAAAGGAUCUAAUUAACGAUAAAACAGUUCUUUUGUGAAAACAAAUAAUUAAUAUGAUUAUAAUUAAAAGCAAAAUGGCUAAAAUACAUUUUAAAACCCUCAAUUUUUAGUCAACCCAAUAUUAAAACCUCCUAAAGAACCUUUAGAAUAGAAAUCGACAAUUAUUAAAAAAUCAAAUUUAGUAUUUGUAAAGAAAAAUGAAUAUUAGACUAGUGUAGUAACAGCUGCAAUUUUCAAUAAAAAUGGGGAUAUGUUAUUUUAGGGAUAAUAUCCAUUCUCAGCAUAUAAAAAUUUAGAAAUCAAAUAAAUUGAUAACAAUUUUUAGAUUAAAAAUCAAUCUAUUACAGAAGAAUCAGAUGAUAAUCUUGAUGUAUAGGUUACUGCAUUAGCAUUAAAUGAUUUAACAACUUAAUUAUUUAUUGGAUAUUCAAAUGGUUAUAUCACAACUUAUUAAUUUACUGGAAAAGUUUGGAAUAGAAAAGCUAACUUUAAGGCACACACUGAUUAAGUGAAUAUUCUGAUUAUAAAUUUAUCAAAUACAGAGUUAUUUUCUACUGGUUAUGAUGAUAUUAUUAAAGGUUAUUGCUGUUCUUAAGAGAUAAGGUAUUCAAAUAAAGAAAUAAAUUCAAUUAAAAAUAUAUGUGAUAUCUAAAUAAAUAAAGAAUCUAAUUAUUUGUUUGUUAUUGCGGAUGGCAAAUUACAUAUUUUAAUUAAUUCCUAGGAUUAGUUUUCUUAAUUUUAAAAGAUAUCUUUAUAAAAUUAAAAUGUAACUUGUAUAACCACAGCGAACAAUUAACUUUAUAUUGGAUCCAAUAUUGGGAGUAUAUAUAUAUUUGAACAGAAAAAUGGUAGCCAAUUUUAUGAAGUCCAUAAUAAUAUUUUAAUAUAACAAUCUUUUUUAUAAAUGAAAUAUUGUGAAGAAGCCAAAUUAUUGAUUGUUCGAUUAGAUAAAUAGGUAUGUAUCUAUUAAAUUGGUUCAAAUAAUAAAUUUGAUAGAACAUAAGAAAUUUCAGGAUACUAUUCUCUCAUUUGCAUUCAUAACAAUAUGAAAUUUUCCCAAAUUAUAUUAUAUUGCUAAGAUAAUUAUAUAGCCUCACAUUACAUAAUGUAAAAAAAUUGA